UGUUGAGGCGCAUGCGCAGUGACUCUCUGUGAUUCUCCCCCUCGCUCGUGCCGAAUGGUUCAGUCCAAGAUGGCGGCCUCCAUCCUGCAGCGCUGUCUGCGUCCCGUUCAAACUUUUUCCAAAUGUGUCGAUUACAGAUCGAUCGCCAGGAGGUGUUUGCUGUCGUCGGCGUACACGGACACUGCAUUGUGGGAGCAGAGACAGAAGGAUCCGCAGGACCUCGGACAGCUGGCCUCUCUGAUGGACAGAACGUAUGAGAGGAAGUUUCCCGUCAGCUCUUUGGUCAUCGGCAGGUUCAUAGAUAGUUUAUCGUCAAGAGAGGAAGUCGAUCAAGCAGAAUAUUACCUUUAUAAGUUCCGUCACAGUCCGAACUGCUGGUACCUUCGGGACUGGAGCGUUCACAGCUGGUUCCGGCAGUGUCUGAAGUACGGAGCGCGGGAUAAAGCCCUUUACACGCUGAAGAACAAGGUUCAGUUCGGCAUGUUUCCUGACGACUUCACCUUUAACCUUCUGAUCGACUCCUUUAUGAAAGACAACGACUUCAAGGGAGCCUGUUCAGUGGUGGAGGAAGUGAUGCUUCAGGAGUCGUUUGAGCGAAUCUCCACACAGAUUCUGUCGCUCAGUGCUCUCAGCAAACAUCUGGCAACCAAACCUGAACUCGGCGUGAAUGUUCAGUGGCAGGAGGAGAGGAUCAUGGGAGCGUCUCUGAUGUUGGUCGGACUGAAGCAGGAGAACUCUGUCGGAUUCAGCGCUCGGCUUCUGGGAUACGCUCUCAUCGGUAAAGUGGAGCUGUCCAGAGGAAUCCACGCCGUGUUUCACCAGAUGCCCCUGAUCUGGACCUCGGGUUAUCUCGGGCGAGCCCUCGCCGUAAUGGACGCCGUGUGUUCGGACCUCAGAGACGUCAAGCUAUCAGAGGAAGUGCUGGAUCAUGUGGAGAAGAUCUUGCAGGAGCUGUCGGAGAUUUCUGACAGACAGAGCGACACAGACACACUCCUGGAUGAAGAAGAUCAGCUGGAGAGACUGAAACUACCAGAGUACAUCAACCGCUUCAAGGAGCUGAAGGAACGGCUUCUGGCCCAGGACAAGGUGGACCCGAGGAGCCUGGAGUCGCUGGUGUCGGCUCUGACCCGGCAGACGCUGGCGGUCUGCGAGGACGCGGAUCUGUCGGAGUACCGGCGGACGGUUCGGGACUGGGAGGCCGAACGACAGCAGCUCAUUCGGAGAGAGAGAGAGACGAAGGAGAAGAACCUGAAGGAGCGUCUGAAGAAACAGGCCCAGUGACAGCGUCCUCCAGACAGCGGGACGAGGCAUUGUUUGUCAUGUUUAUUGUCUUUGGUUGGGGAGAUUGAGAAAAAGGUUUGUGUGUUAAUAUUAUUUGGAUUCUUUUUCAACGCCCUGUAAAUCUGAACAGUAUAAAUAAACGAUGAAAAUACUCUUA